AUGGAUGACAACACUGAAGAAGAAAUGGAGGGAAGUCACACCCAUAACUUAUUCACCAGAAUCCUCACCGCCUGCGGCUCUUUCCUCAGCAUUAGAAAAACCCCAGAAUCGCGUCAAAAAGCAGAUCCUUCUUCUAAAGGUUCGCCUCUGAAUCAAAACCAGCCGGAAACUCAACCCAAAGCAAUCCCCAAAGUCAAAAUGCUGAAUCCGAAUGACCGGCAACGGCGAGGCCUUCGAGAGGUGAUCGACGAUGACACAUUUUGGGAAAUGGACGAAAUGGAACUUCUCCAUUUGAUCAAAGCAGAAUACCCCGAGGAACUGGAAAGAUUAAAAGGGGCAACUUUCGUCCGAAAUCCAAAUGCAUCACGUCCAGAGGGACCUUCCAUCUCCGAAUCACUGUACGGUCAAGAAUAUGCCGAGGUCAAUCGAACUCUGGUUGGUGUUCUGGCUCUUCGCUGGCUACACAAUGAUGAGUAUGAAACAUUUAUUGGAACUCAAGGCCCAGCACCGAUCGUUCUAAAGCGGGAAUCUUUUGAAUGGCUGAGGAGGCUGUUUGAACGGGGGCUCCGAAGCACUGAGGAUACCUUUACUCUUAUAACAUCCAUGGUCAUCAACGAUCUGGGUAAAGACCCCCAUCUUGCAAGUGACUAUGCGAAGUUGAAAGGAAUAGACAUUUCCCGUGUCAAUCACGACAUGAUUCUCUACCAUGCUGUGGAGGCGGGAAUGGUUCCUGCUCUAAGACGCCUGACACAAGAGAACAGAGACAAUCUCCUGAUGGGAAUCAAACUGGGGUCCAGUUUCAAUUUCGGGCAACUUGCACAGGCUGAAAAUGCGCCGGCAUCCUUGGCAGGAUUGCUGGAAAUGCGUGGUCGCGAUCGGGCAUUUGAGAUGCGAUUCAUGGAACAGAUCUUGGACCUAUCAGGAGCAUCUGGACAUGAAGACUGGACCUGUGCCAAGAAGAUGAUCGAGCCAAUCUUUCAAUCGUACAACAAUGUGUACGAUGUCGCUCACGCAAUUAUCAGUGGAGGGAUGAACCUUAGGCAGGGUUACGAUAUCAUUCUGGUCCGGAAGUUGAAAUUGCUACACGAUGCAGGAUACAUGCGAGAAUUUGACAUCAACAAGCCAGCAGAUCGAGCCUUAAUGCGAUUAUUCUCCCUGGGCAACACGACAUAUACCCAGAAUGCAGAUAUUUUCUUCUUCGCUUUCACUGAACGAAUAUCAACGGAGAUUCGGGAUAAAUUGAUCUACGGACUCAAUGUCGAGGGGAGCAUCCACGAGCCUGCUGUUCAACCGACCUAUACGCCAGCAAUGCUCACCAAGGCUACUGGGAAUACCGUUCGCGGUUCUCAGGAGGAGAAGAUCAAUGCCAUCGCCGCCAUGUUACGCUAUCUGGCUCGAUGCCUGGUUGUGGAACCUGCAAGUCUGCAGAAACUCAAGAAAGGCGUCACUGUUAUUGAGAGAGAUGUGAGGAAGAUUAUCCCAGUCUUGGACAGUGAGGAGUUUAAGAAAAAUCCCGAUAUCUUAGAUCGGGAGGACAUACCUGAAGACCAGGUCGCCAAUUUGGCUCCCGGGUAUUGA